GGUGGGGGGGGUUGGGGAAGAGCCGUGUUGAACUGUUUUGUCCGUCUUCGCGCUCCGUAGGAAAACUUGGGCGGACAGGGUCGCAGAUAUGGCGGCCAUUAGGAUGGGAAAGCUGACAACCAUGCCUGCAAGUCUGAUGUGUGCAUCUAUAAGUGUGCAUGCAGCCAAAGAAGAGGAAUCUAAAAAGCAGCUAGUGAAACCAGAGCAGCUCCCUAUGUAUACUGCACCACCUCUCCAGUCUAAAUACAUUGAAGAGCAGCCAGGUAAUUUACAAAUGGGCUUUGCCUCCAUCCGUACUACAACUGGUCGUUAUAUUGGCUGGUGCAAGGGCGUUUAUAUCUUUGUGAAAAAUGGGAUAAUGGAUACAGUACAAUUUGGAAAAGAUGCAUAUGUUUAUCUGAAGAAUCCACCACGAGAUUUUCUUCCGAAAAUUGGAGUGAUUACAGUUUCAGGAUUGGCAGGCUUGGUUUCAGCAAGAAAAGGUUCUAGACUUAAGAAAAUUGCUUAUCCACUGGGACUGGCCACUUUAGGAGCAGCUGUUUGUUACCCAGUUCAGUCAGUAAUCAUUGCAAAGGUAACCGGGAAAAAGGCAUAUGCUACAAGCCAGCAAAUUUAUGAAACAGUUAAAUCAUUAUGGACAAAAAACAACAAAAAAGAGUCACUUCCUGAACCUAAAGAAAAAACUAAGCUAGGAAGCUCUGCUGAAAUAGAAAUACCUGCAAAAACAACUUACAAUCUGAAACACUCAGUGGCUUUGCCAACAGAACUCAACUCUGAAACGAAAUCCAAAUCAGAUUCCACCUCAGAUGCUUCACUGUUUGUGCCUGACCUCAAGCUCAAGGAUCACGGGCAGUCCCAUCCAGAAGAUGUAGAUAUGUACAGCACUAGAAGCUGAAAGAGUCUACAUAGAGAACUACAAGAUGUGUGAAGUUGCAAAUGAUGAAAAAAAAAUCAUGUAAUUAGUAACUGCAAUGCAUAGAGUAUAACUUAAAGCAGGUUUUUCCCUUAAAUCUUAUAAUGUAUACUUUGACCAAUCACAUAAGUGAUUAAAACACAAACAGAGAAUACAAUUCAAAAAUAUUAAAUUGUUGGUGAAGAGACAGAGAUAGUAGUAUGAAGAUACAGCUUAAUUAGAAUGAUGUAUGAAAGGAUUUGUUCCCUAUCCUCCCACCCGCCCUUUUCCAUUUCCUAGAAUUGGAAUAAAAUAUCCAUAUUUUAUGAUA